AUGGAAAAGAAAAAAUUGAAACCAGUUGAAGAGUCUGCAAAAGUCUUAUUGUACAAGCCUUCGGAAGAACUUGAUUUAAAAACCAUACCACUGAAGGAGAAAAUGAAGUAUUUGAAAUCUAAUAUAACUGUAGAGCCAAUAGUACUCCUAUUUAUGGUACCCAGUGUUCUAUCAUUGCUUGCUACGCAAAACCUAUAUAUAGACAAAGCCUGCAGAGUGAAUCUACAAUUCAGUGAAACAGUGUGUAGGGAUUUACAAAUUAGGAAACUUGACAAUCAUACUUUUGAGGAGAUAGAAGUACAGAAACUGGUAGCUUCAGUGCAAGCAUGGAAGAGCAUUGGUAACACGAGUGUAGCGACCUUAUUAAUUCUUUUCGUUGGAGCAUGGAGUGACAAGACAGGAAGAAGAAAAAUUUGCAUGCUGGUCCCAAUUUUUGCGGAACUAAUGACCUGCAUACUAAAUAUUGUUAAUACGUAUUUCUUCUAUCAAAUAUCGAUGGAAUGGACCGUGAUAAUAGACUUAAUUGUUCCAUCGUUAACUGGCGGUUGGUAUACAAUGUUCCUUGGGUCGUUUAGCUACCUAUGCGAUAUUACGUCUAAGGAGACCAGAACUUUUCGCCUGGGAAUUCUAAAUCUUUGCUUGACGAUAGGUUAUCCCAUAGGAAUGGGUUUCAGUGGGGUUCUUUUGAAAUAUCUUGGAUAUUAUGGUGUUUUUAGCAUAGCGGCUGGAACACAUAUACUUAAUUUUUUCUAUCUACAUAUAGGCAUAGAAGACCAUACGUGGCUUGAAAAUAAAGAUAAAAAAAGGCGUACAGGCUUCAUUGGUUUCCUUUUAGAAUUUUUUGACUUGAACAGUUUUAAAGAAACCAUAGGAAUAUUGUUCAAGAAAGGAAGAAAUAAUCGGAGGCUAAAAUUUUUUCUACUCCUAAUAUGUGUAUGUUUACACUAUGGUCCACAAAUGGGUGAAACAAGCAUUAUUUAUAUAUUUUUACGGUUUCGCUUUAAUUGGGAUGAAAUAAAAUAUAGCAUAUACUCGACUUAUAGUCUCAUCCUGCACUCCAUUGGUACAAUAUUUGCUAUAUGCAUUUUUAGCAAGAAACUAAAAGCUCACGAUUCAAUAUUAGGAAUAACUUCAAUGGUCAGCAAGAUCUUAGGCACUUUGGUGAUAAUGUUUGCCAUACAAGAUUAUCAAGCAUAUCUAUAUCCUCUCGUGGAAAUGUUAUACGGAACGACAUCUAUUGCGUUGAGAUCUCUUUGUUCGAAGUUGGUGUCACAUCAAGAACUGGGUAGAUUGAAUUCACUGGUCGGUGUAGUGGAAACUUUAAUGCCGGUAGUAUAUGCACCACUUUAUAGCAGGAUAUAUAUCGCCACAAUUGACUAUUUACCUGGAGUUGUAUUUCUCCUUAGUAUAGUAUCCUCUAUACCCGUUUUGGUUAUAUUCAGCUGGAUUUACCAUCAACAUCGUAAGGGUAUUAAAAAGAAAGGACAAAAUGUUACAACGAAAGCCAGUGAAACAAAUAAAAACGAGGAAGGAACGGUGCCUGUUGCAGAGUCGCAUGUUGAAUGUUUACUACAUGAACAUAGACCAUCAACAGACGCUCAUCCAAUUACUAUCUCUACUAGUUAG